AUGUGAUUACAAAAACUCGAAAUUUUCGCCCCUUAAAGUGGGCGUUGCCAGUGCAAACGAGAUCAUAGAGAUUUCCGCUACACUAUAGAUUCAACUCCACCCCCACAACACGUUAUUUUAUUGCACUUUGCUCUUUUUAAAAUUAAGCAGAGACGGCACUUUGCUCUGUUUUUUGCAUUAAGGUUGAGGAUUAUGGAACAUUUUUGGUAAAUUAAUUUGUAUUUAACAUUUUUUGUCUAAUCUUAGCUUGAAGUAUGGGCUCCUCCGAAGACACUUACGAGAUACUAGUAAUUGGUGCCGGAUUCUCUGGCAUCUAUGCUCUCCACAACCUCCGCAAGAAAGGGUUUGCCGUGAAAGUUUACGAAGCGGGAACAUACAUGGGCGGGACGUGGUACUGGAACCGCUAUCCAGGCGCACGGGUCGACACUGACAACCCCAUCUACCAAUUCAACGAGGAAGGACUUUGGGAUUUCGCGUGGACUGAGCGCUUCCCGGCCCAUCCCGAACUUCAAGAAUACUUCCGCUAUUUGGACGACAAGCUCCAACUCAGCAAGGACAUUCAGUACAACACCAGUGUGAGCGCGGCUCAGUUCGAUACCGCUCGGAAUCAGUGGCAAGUCAAAACGGAUGAUGGUAGGGUUACUUGGGCUAACCAUCUCUUCCUUUGUACUGGAUCCACCACAACUAGGUACACGCCUCCCUUUAAAGGUUUGGAUAGAUUUAAAGGAAUCUGUCACCAUUCCUACGUGUGGCCGAAAGAUGGCGUCAACUUUGACGGGAAACGCGUCGCCGUUAUCGGCACGGGGGCCAGCGCGGUGCAAAUCAUUCAAGAAAUUGGGUCUCGCGUAGGCCACCUAACGGUUUAUCAGCGCACACCCAAUCUAUGCCUCCCCAUGCAACAAGCCAAGGCUGCCGAUCCCAGCAAAGCUGCCUGGUUCCCGCCAAAGUCAAAGUUUCCCGAAAUAUUCGGUACAGCUCGGAAAUCAUUCUCUGGCCUCAAUUUUGAUUGGGAACGGAAAAAUGCGGCUGACGUAAGUCCAAAGGAGCGACGCGCCUUGUACGAAUCUCUCUAUGCCCAUGGCGGGUUUGCCUUUUGGCUGGCCAAUUUCCAAGAUAUGCUAUUCGAUAAGGAGUCCAACGCCUAUGCCUACACCUUCUGGGCGGAAAAGGCCCGAGCCAGGAUACAUGACUCGGUGAAACGGGACAUAUUGACCCCGCUCGUCGCGCCGCACGCCAUCGGCAUUAAACGGCCCUGCCUGGAACAAACUUAUUACGAAGUUUUCAACCAGUCUAACGUCGACCUUGUUAACGUGCGGGAAUCUCCAAUUUUGGAAAUUACGGAGCAUGGGGUUCGAACAGAAAAUGAGGGUCUCGUUGAAGUCGACAUUAUCGUCCUAGCCACGGGAUUUGACUCUUUGACAGGAAGUAUCAAAAGUAUGGACAUCCGCAACGGGAAAGGAGAGAGUUUGAGAGAUAUGUGGAAGAGGAAUGGGACAUCCACUUACUUGGGCCUCACAACAGCCGGAUUUCCAAAUUUGUGGUACAUGUACGGCCCCCAGGCCCCCACUCCCCUGGGAAAUGGGCCCACGAUUAUUGAGAUUCAAGGGGAAUGGUUAGUAGAACUGAUGGUCAGGAUGAAGGAUGAGAAACGCAGAUUUGUCGAUGCCAAGAAAGAAUCUGAACAGGGUUGGACAAAGGAGGUUUGGGAUGCUUGGGAGGCAAGUUUGUUCCCGGAAGCGGAUUCUUGGUAUCAGGGGGCCAAUAUUCCUGGCAAAACUAGGGAGCCACUCUGCUACGCGGGAGGAUAUUCCAAAUACGAGGACCUGCUCAAAAAAAUUGCAGCCGAAGGUUAUAAAACAUUCAAUUUGGCAUGAUUUUCAACCCACCGAAUUUUAAUACGGGGGCGAAUAAUUAAUUUGUUUUAUUAACUCCCAUUCUUUUAUGCAAUAAUAAAGAAAUCUUA